AUGUCUUAUACAACAGAUUCGCACGAGUCAACUGCGCCACAGGAUUACUACUCAAGCCUAGACGACGAGGGCUCACUUGUGGGAAAGUUCGAGAGUAUCGACGAUGAGGCGCAGUUUCGCACUGCUAUGUGCCGCCUAAAGGAUCCUCUCACUCAGAAUUUUGUGCUUGAUUUCGGGAACGAAGAGGCAUGGUGUGCAUCUGAUUUGCGCACUGAUGAACUGAAACUAUUGCUGAGCAAGCCGGCAAUUACCAAGCACUAUGGAGUGUCUGAACGACUGCAGGGGAUGAUGUGCACGGAGCCAGUGCAUCCUACACCAAAACCUACACCAUUACCAACCAAAAGGUCUUCGCAAGCGCCCGGUGUUGUGCCAUCAUUCGUACACGAAGUGGACGACCCGGAGAAUGCACUCAAGCAUCUCGCCGAUCCAGAUAAAUCCCGGGAGUCGGCGUCAUUCCAGAAUCUCACCUUUUCACAGGUCACAGAUCAAAUCUGGCACUUCUCUUCUGUGGAUCAUGGUCCUCAAUGCACAAUAAUCUCAAUCCAAGAGAACCCGUUCCCUAGACGAAAUGCAGUGCCGAUAGAUGAAGCCAAGGCAGUCCUCGACAUCGUGCGCAGAAAUGUCCGCUUUAUUUUCGCUGGUGUCUCCCGACAGCACUUUGCCAUGUCUGAGAGCGAGUCGUUAAUCACCAUCCGGGUGCGACAUUUCAGUGACCUCGGACCGGAUCAAGCCAAUAUCAAGCAGGAGGAUGGACCGAGUUUGCUCUUCUAUUAUAUCUUCGAUGACUGGGUGUCAAGUUAUGGACUUAUCGCAAAGCGAGAACACAAAUAUGGUGUUGCGUUGGACAAAUUGAGAGGCCAAAUGCUCGAUCGUCCGAUAGUGGAUUUGGUGAAUGAGUUGCACUGGCUGGGCCGACGACUCGCGGUUCUCAAACGAUUGUAUCAGAGCUAUGAGCUUAUCAUGCGGCGACUCUUGCAACGACAACGGAUGCUCCGCGAUGAAGCGCGUUCGGCCCAGCCAGCCCCAAUCACGUAUGGAGCCACAUUUGGCGAUAUGGAGGUUUUGGAUAUGCGCCAGUCGAGCGUUGUGAGCAAUACCACUUAUCAUAACCCUAAUGAGAAAUCGGUCGGGGUGCAGCUGAGCUCGACGGCUGUGGCGCGCUUCGAACGGUUGGUUGAUCGUAUUAAUUUGUAUUGUUUGAGCGAGAUUGAGAACUGUCUCAAUGAGAAAGAGUCCUUGACGUUCCUGAAUUUCAACUUGAUUGCACUCAAGGACUCGCAGGCUGUUGAGAAGCUCACUCGGAUCACUAUCCUGCUGGCUAAGGCGACGAUUUUGUUCUUGCCGGUUAGCUUGAUGAGUGCAUACUUCUCGACAGAACUGAUUGGCGUGAAGAAUGGGUACACAAAGACCGAUUAUUGGGUCAGUUUCGCAGUUAUCUUUGUCGCAUCCAUCUUGCUUUUGACCGUUUUCGGUUAUGCCAGCGAUACGAUGGAAGGUAAGACAAUUUAUCGGUCCAUGAUACGAACGUUCUUCCGGAACUCUCGUGAGAAAAUAUCGCGACGUCGACAAUAA